UAGGCUUUUGGAGAGAAUUAAUGGAAUUGUUAAUACUGUUUAAAUGGACAUUCAAGUGCUAUAUUUUGUGUAUUGUUAAAUAAUACUGAUGAUAUGAUUAUUUCAGGUAGUUAUGACAAAAAAAUCAAAUUUUGGAUGAAAUAGAAUUAAUGGCUGUGCUAAUAAACUAUAUCUGAUCAUUCUGAAACAAUCUAUUCAUUAUCAUUAAAUGAAUAAUAAAAUAAAUUGAUUUCUUGUUCUAAAGAUUCACAAAUUUUUAUUAUUUCUAAGUUGGAUAAAUUGUGGAGUGUUACAUAAAAAAUAAAAGUUGAUUAAUAUGGAUAGCGAUUAUGUUUUAUUAAUGAUAACUUAUUUGCAUUUUAACCAUUUUGUAAAGAAGAAUUAUAUAUAUAUGAGAUGGAUACUAAUUCUAAAUAAUUUAGGAAGUUUAAAGAAUAUAAAGUAAAGUGCAGUUUUGAAAGGUGUUGCUGUUUAUUUCAAUAAUAAUAUCUAAAGUCAAAAUCUCUCCUUGUGAAUAAGAAUGGCAAUUUUGUGAAUGUAAUGAGAAUAAAAGAUAAUGGUGAUUUUGUAACAUAAUAAUCUAUUGAAUUUAAUAGUAUUAUUAUUUAUGGACAAUUAAGUGAGGAUGGAGAAUAUUUAAUCACUUAUGAUGAGGGAUCAAAAGAAAUAUAAAUAAGAAAAUAUCAGGAAUUCUGA